UGGGCGGGAGCCGGGAGCUCCUGGACCAGCUCCCUGAGGAGGAACACGGCCUGGGGUCUGGGCAGCCGCGUGCUGUCACUUCCGCUGCUGUCGCCUGGCAGUGGUGGAAGAUUAGAAAACCUUGAAACUGGAUGAAGAAACAAAACACAAGAGUCACCUGGAAACCAGCACCUGGGAAAGUCAUCAGCUACCGGAUUGUGUGUCACCCUGUGGGGGCAGGAGACACCUAGUGGCCAAAGUGCCACCCACAGUCACCUCCCCAGUGUUAAAGUGGCUUCAGCCCCAGACCACAUACGACAUCACAGUUCUCCCAGUUUGCAAGACAGGAGAGGGGAAGCUUAGGCAAGGAUCAGGCAUGAAAGGGGCACUUAAAUGCUCAUAGAGACAAGAAGAGCUUGUUGCAGGCUGUGGUGAACUUACCUCACAAAGGAGGCAGGACCCUCACAGGUAUGGCUUUGAACUUCAUUUGCCAGCAGAGCUUCAAGACCCAAGCUGGCGUGAGGCCUCAAGAUUGAUAAAUUGGUGUUCUUAUCACUGAUGAUGUUGAGGCCCCGUCAGAGCAACUCAAGGAUGAAGGUGUGGAGCUGUUUGCUGUUGGUAUUAAAAAUGCUGAUGAAGCUAGAUUAAAAGAUGACUGCAGCAGAUCCCGAUGAUCCCCACGCAUGCAAUGUAGCAGAUUUUGUGUCCCUCUCCAGGAUCCUGGAUGACUUCACCCUCAACUUGUGUAACAGCAUCAGAGGUCCAGUGUGCCGGUCCAGCAAAAGCCCCUGGGUCUGUCUGACUUGUUCAGGUGUCCGCUGUGGAAGGUAUGUCAAUGGUCAUGCAAAAAAAAAUUACAAAGAUGUACAAAUACCCUUAAUCAACUGUAAGAAGUCAGAAAAGCAAGAAAAAGCUCAGCAUACGUUGUGUAAGGAUUGCAGUAGCUACAGUACGUACUGGAUCCCACAGAUCCUUGCUUCCUUCUGUUUAAGGUCCCCAGUGCAAACUCCAGGGGUCUGAAGUUUGGGGAAGCACCACUACCAUCUGUGCCACAGGCCUUCGGAAUUUUGGGAACACAUGUUUCAUGAAUGCCAUCCUUCAGUCCCUCAGAUAGUGUUGCAGCCAGAGCCUGAGUACCUGACGUCAGUUUUGAGUGGAACAGUUGAGAGCAAAGGCUGUGGGUUCCAAUCCUGUCUCUGCCACUAACUCUAGUCUAGGAACUUGGGGCAGUAACAUUGAGCAGUUUUGCUGUUAUUUCAAAGAACUGCCUGCUGUGGAGUUAAGGAAUGGGAAGACAGCAGGCAGGCGGAUGUGCCACACCAGAAGCCAGGGGGACAACAAUGUGUCUUUGGUGGAAGAGUUUAGAAAGACACUGUGUGCUUUAUGGCAAGUUAGCCAGACUGCAUUUAGCCCAGAGUCCUUAUUUUAUGUUGUUUGGAAGAUUCUGCCAAAUUUGAGGGGCCAUCAGCAGCAGGAUGCCCACAAGUUCAUGUGCUACCUGCUCGACCACCUGCAGUUGGAACUCCAGGGCAGUUUCAGUGGGAUUUCCUGCUCAGCAAUUCUGCAGGAGAAUUCUGCUCUGUCUGCAAGUAACAAAUGUUGCAUAAAUGGAGCAUCUACAGUCGUCACGGCUGUAUUUGGAGGCAUCCUCCAAAAUGAAGUUAACUGCCUCCUAUGUGGGACAGAAUCUAGAAAGUUUGAUCCAUUCCUAGACCUUUCUUAGAUAUUCCAAGUUAGCUCAGAAGUAAGCACUCUAAGAAUCAAGAAAAUGGACCAUUUUGUUCAUUAUGAGUUUUACAUGAACCGAUUGGAAAGUAGCGCAGUCCUGAAAGAUCUGAAUCCCGACACCGAGUGUGUUGUUGACAUGUCUUCAGUGGUAGAGGCUGAAGGACACAGAAAAACCUGGCCUUUGCCCAGUCCUCGAGGCCUGAAACUCCGCGACAUGACUCACAGCACCAGGAAUGUCUUGUGGGAACCUGCCCCUGGAAAAGUGGACAGGUCAUGGGCCAGCACACCUCUUGAAGACCUCUUCUCACAGACCAUGUGCACAGUCAGCGUUUCUGCAGGGUGUGACGAGGGGGCUCCCCCAGGGACUGCUCAGGAAAGCACCCAUGAGCUGCGCUCGCACUUCAUUGAUCAUUGGGAAACAACACCGUGUGCACAUGUCACUGAACCUCCUUUGUUACUUCAUUUCUUCAUGCUAUUUUUUUGCCCAGGUUUAAUAAUGUUUGGGUUCCUAGACUGUGUUUUGCUUAUUUUCUUCCCAUCUUCUAUCUUUGUGUCUGUUCCUUUUAUGAUAACUUCUCUCCUACUAUUCUACCUGCCACUGUCACUCAUUCAUUUUCCAGGUACUUGACAGCUCUGUGUGUGUGUGUGUGUGUGUGUGUGUGUGUGGAGAGGGGUGGGGAGCAAGAAUAUUCUUGAUGUAUGUUGGACAUUGUCUCUGGAAACCAUGCAGUAGUUAUCAAAUGUUUUGAGAUCUUCCUAUAUGUAAAGUGCUGUCAGGGCUAGGAAAAUCUAAGCAUCCUUACCCUUAGUUUGUGAUUUCAUUGCAGAGGCAACAGUACCUGAGAUCAUGUAAGGAAGAUGAGGCAUGUGGCUCUCAGAGGGAGGGCAGACUUCUGCAGUGGCAAUGUGGGGGAGAUGCUGGGCCCCUGCCCGGGCCCUGCCUUCUCUGCUCCAUUCUGAGGCCACUUCAAGGAAGAGGUGUCCCUAUCUCCCUCUCAUGGUGCUUGCAUAGUAGGGAACCCAGUUAUCAUUGCCUGUUGAUCUUUUUCUAUCGAUUGGAUUUUCCCCUCCUAAUGAAGGCAGAGACAUGUUUAUGUUGCUCAAUUUGUAUCUCCAGUUUCUGGCCCAGUGCUCAGCACAUAAUUUCCUAAUUCAAUAGUGGUUAAGAAAUUGAGGUCUGGAACCAGCUAGGUUCCUAAGAAAUACCAUGGAGGCCUCACAGGUAACUCAGAAUUUUCUAGUAGCCACAUUAGAAAAGGUAAAGAGAAAAACAAAAUGAAUUUUAAUAAUGUGUUAUGUUUUACUCUGUAUAUCCAAAAUAUUAGCAUUGUAACAUUUAUCAGUAUCAUUAUUAUUAAUGAGAUAUUUCACAUCUUUUUGGUAAUAAUUGUUUUGCAAUCCAGUAUAUUAAUUUACAUUUAUAGUACAUUUCAAUUCAGAUGCCACAUUUCAAGUACUCAAUGGCUACAUGUGGCUGGUGGCUCCUAUGGUGGACAGCACGGGUCUAAAAAAGUUAAAUGACUUGCUGAGCCUCACCCAGGAAGCUAGUGGUGGGAUCAGAGCUAUAGCCUGGAACUUUUCCUUCCUAUCCAGCAAGGCUCAUGAGGCUUAGAAACUUCUCCUUUGGUGCCCAGCUGUGUAUCCAUGCUUAAGACAUCUUGUCAGGUGUCACAGCCUGCUCUGAACAUCAGCCAGUACCCACUUCUGCUCUUUUCUGGCCAGGUAAUACGUCUUAGCAACUUCAGUUGCCUUCUUGGCAUCAGUUCUUACCCAGAAGGGUAUUGGCUAUAGAUGGAAAUGUAUCCACAUGAGCAGAGGGACAGGUUUUUCAUAAACAUAGCAGGAGUGGUCAAGAGAAGACAAAGUCAGGAAGAAAGACCAGUGGAAGCAGGUCAUUUAAUAUACCAAAUGGAUACUUUCAAUGUACGUUUGUAAUCCUUAAGAUUACCUUAGAACUUUUAGAUACAUCCAAAGUGCAUUCCUUAUGGUUUGUUUGUUUUGCAGUUGUGCUUGUGAAAGUGGUACCAGUCUCUUGAUCUCAUUUUCAUUAUAAAGAUUAGAAACAAGUAUUUUGAUGGCUUUUGAGUUUUGUGUAUUUGGCUUUGGUUACCAGGAGAUAGAGAAAUAAUUGACAAUGAAAGCUCGGAACUGGUGGCAGACAUUCCAGAUGGCUUGAGCUGCAAACUAAGUAGACUGCUGGUCAGUAGCAGGGCUCUUAAUUGGGAUUUCAGCUGACACCAGCACUGCAGGGCUAUUCCUGUCUCUGGAUAGAGUCAGUAUGGUCAGCGGCACGUUGUGUUUAAGGUGAGUGAUCUAUAGGCAAGGCUUACAUGUGAAUUACUUAGAUGAGAACAUUUUAUGGACCCCGAAGGCCCAUGCUCUCUCUAUAUUGUGGGCUAAAAUUUGCACUUAAUGUGUAUUGUCGUGUGGAGGAGUCCAUAAUUUUUCUUAAAUUCCCCCAAAAAUGUGAGGGGCAAAGUGAUUAAGAACCACUGAGUGACUAAAUGCAAGCUUUUUUUAAAAAAAUCACCAUUUUAGUAGAAUAUAAAUAGUAACCUAUUACAUCCAUAAAAUGCUUGCAGUUUUCAGAGCCCUGUCUCAUAUUUAACUUUCAAAUGGACUGAAUUGGUAAGAUAGUUGGUUCUAAGCCAUGCAUCAGCCAGUUUCCUCGUGUCCAUGAAAAUAGAGCAAGUUUCAUUAAAUGCAGUUUGUAGGUCACCUCCAAAAAUGUCAUCCUGCCUUUCCUCAUGGCAGGCACUGUGCCAGCCCCAGCACACCUGCAGAUACUGAAGUAAGACCAGAGAGUCUCACAGGGAUGUGGGGUCACAGAGCUUCCGCAGUGUUUCUCUGUACAGAGUCACCUGGGCCCCUUCUGGAAGCUCAGACAAGAUGGAGGUAGUGUUAACUUUUUUUCUCUUCCCUUUUUCUUUCUUUCUUUCCUUUUUGUUUUUUAAGAUCCCAUUUCAUUAUAGGGAAACUUGUUUGAAAUAUGUAUUGCCUCUGUUGCCUGAAAAGCUCUGAAUGGAGAACUUUCUACUGUUUUUGGGUCCAAGCGAGAACUGUAGGAGAUGUGGAUUUUAUCACAAGGGAGCACACACCCCAGACAGUGGUGACAUCCCUGUGCAGUCGCUCUGACCUGCUUACAGUUCUGUUACACCCCUCCCUCCACCCCCAUGUGCACCUGCUCACAGACAGGCCGCUGACUCUAUUGUGUUGACUUAUUUAGGACCCUGCAGUGGACCGAGGUAUCUGAGAGUCUUUGGGGAGACAACAAACAGCCUGUCCAUAACCUGGGAUCAUGCUGAUGGGCCAGUUCAGUCACAUAGGAUCAUUUUUGCUCCCACCAUUGGUGACCCAGUCGAUGAAUAUACCAAUGAUGCAAAGAAAUGCUUAGAGGAGACCAUUAGGCAAAAGAAGAUGCUGAGGAAGCACUGAAGUUUAAGGAGUACAUGCAAACCUUGGAGAGGGUUAGUGACUGAAUGGCUUCAUUCAAAGUGCCCGAGCUAAGCUGCAGGCAGUGAGUGACCAGAACGCCAAGCGUCUGCGCUCGGUUGAAAUUGCUCUUAAUAAAGCUUGUGUCCACGAAGCCACUGUGAAACCUGAGGUUGAAAUUGCUCUUAAUAAAGCUUGUGUCCACGAAGCCACAAUGAAACCUGAAGAAGUGCGUCUGCAGGAGGACGUCCAGCUCAGCAGCAAGAAGAAGCCAGGCAUUUUGAAGACCAGAUCUGAGGGUCUGAUGCAGAGCGCCAUGAUGACUGAGGAAUGCAACCUGGAAGCACAUCUGCAGUUCCUUCCUGCACUGAAGUCUUGAUCACCUCAAAGUCAUGCAUCAGGAUUGGAAUAUGUUCCUUCCAGACCCUGGUUCAUGUUGAUAUUUUCACUUCCCAUGAAUCAUGAAUUUUCUUAAUGGCAACUAAAAUGCCCCUCACAGGAAAACCAGCCUGUCCAUUGAAGCCUUGAUGCCAGGCGCUGACUUCUCCUCUCCAGCUGUGACGGUGCUGGGUGGCCUCCCCUUGCAGGUCUCUGCACUGAAAACCUGUUGUUUAGUGGCGCCACCUUCAUUAGCUGUCUUAGCUUUAGCUUCGUCUCCUGGAGGACUUGCAGCAGCUCUGGGUCCGCUCUUCCCGCCUUACCUUGCACAGCACAGCCAAGCUCGAGUGCACAUGUGCACACACAAAGCCAGUUGUUUUAUGUUUAUGGAGCAUAAAAAGAAAAUGCAAGGCCACCAUGCUGCAUCAGGAUCUCUGAAAGGAGAGGAAGCCAAUUUCCAAAGGCAGGUGAAGAAAGUAUGCUUCCUUGAUGAAAUCGGUGGUCAGAGAAAUAUGGACACUGAAGAGAAGAUGGACAUGAACGGAUGUGAGCUGGUGGGAAAGCAGCAGCUGUUGGCAGCAGAGGAGAAGGUGAAAAUGGCUGAAGAGGAGACACAACAGUACAAGAGAAGAUUUGAAGAAUGUCACAGGCAAAUGCGGGAAGCAGAGAUCACUUGGAGAUACCAGGUCGCUCUUGCCGAGAAAAAGGCCCAAGACAGCUCGCUCAGGCCUCAGGAGCUGGAGAGGGAAAACUCUGAGUUGAGAAGGGAAAACUGAGUUGUGAAGGGAAAAUGCUGAGUUGAGAAGGGAAGAUGAUCACCUGAAACAGAGAUUGGAUGCAGUCUGCAGAGAGAGGCAGGCAGAGGAGUACAUGAGGCAGGAGCCCACCCCAGGAGGACCGUACAGGCUGCACCCCCCCGAGAGCUUCAGGGCCUGGUGGCGCCCCCGUGAGGAAUGGCACUGCCUUCCCGGCUCAGGAGGCCUAGGAGACCCAGGUCACUGUGGAUGCCAGAGGGCCCCAUCCUUUCGCAGGACCAGCUCACGUGGCCAGCCCCAUGAGCCGCCCAAUGUCACCCUUCCGGGGCUAUUGGCCACCUCCACCCGGACCAUACCCAUGGGCUCUGGGGCCUCGGCCACAGCCACCAAUGUGUCCACUUAGUUCUGGACCUGGUGCGGCUCCGGUGAGGAACGGUAGCGCCUGCCCACCUGCGGCGGCCGCAGAGGCCCAGGGCUGAUUCCCACCAUGGGCCUUGCAUUGUGUUCCCCAUCCUGAGCUGGGCCGGUCCUGCCCUGGAAGCUGUCAGAGAUGCCCCUCUAUCUCAUCACAGCACUGCGGGGUUUUGCACGUCACUCUGGAUGCCAGAGGGCCCCAUCCUUUCGCAGGACCAGCUCACGUGGCCAGCCCCAUGAGCCGCCCAAUGUCACCCUUCCAGGGCUAUUGGCCACCUCCACCCAGACUGCCCCCGUGACCUCUGGGACCUCAGCCACAGCCACCGAUGUCUCCACUUGGUAAGAUGAGAGCUUGUGCUUCUGUUCCCAUGUUGAGUCUUUGCAGAAGGGGAGAGGUCGCUCCAGGGCUUUGCAGUACCCGGGGAAGCCUGGCUGGGGACAUUGUGACGUUCGUCUAGUUUCUUAGCAUGCACAUUUGAUGGACCGUGUCACUUCCCCACCCUGACCUGGGAACCAGGUGUCUCCUGUAUAGAAUGAAAGAGACUUUUGACAGAAAGUCAGACGUCCCAGUUUGGCAGGUGUUCCUCGUGCAUGGACCACGUGACGUGUUCCGUGAGGGGUGAAGCACUCCCCUAACUUCAGGGGUUUACAGUGUCCCCUCGAGGGCUGGGGGAGAGAGCGAGGGAGAGAGACAUUCACAGCAGCCAGCUUGUCAUCACCAUAACAGACGUGCCAGUGCAGGGCCUCAGAGUGCAAAAGAGUUACACGUGAGCCACACUGGCGUGAACAGGAGGGUGUAGAGGGGAAGGAAGAUACUGAGGCGCCCAGUGAGGGUUUGUUGGAUUCACUCAGGUGGAGCUGGACGGUCACUCCCUGCAAGGCGGGCAGUGCAGGUGGGCCAUGUCAAGGCAGCGUGAGGUGCACUCAGAGCCACGUGUGUGUGCAGGGGACUCAGUGCAGCCAUGCACAUAUCCCCAUCAGAACCCUCUGCCUCCAGAAAGCCCUCAGUUCACAGCCUCAUACAAAGAUGAUUGUUCUCUUGGGUUUCUGAAAGUUCUGGGUCUGGGUGAAAGAAAGCUCUGGAUAUCAGUGAAACUGAAAUGUAGCUUGGUUUGUUGUGGAUAUUUUAUGUGGCUUAAAUUUUCUUUUGCCCCAGUGAUUUGAAACAUGCAGGCAGGAUUUAGAUCAGCUGAGCAGAGGCCUUGCCCUUCGGCAUGAGGCAGGUUCUUUGGGGGAAGUCAGGGGUGGUCAGGGGAUCCCCUACAGGACCCCUGUCCCCAUACCUCCACUCCCUCUAGUCAGCACGCUGACUGUCAGCUUGGCAUCUCCACGUUUAUGUCACAAGAUCCAAUUUCUGAUUCUUUGGAUUCCUGCAGUUCAGCCCCUGACACCAAGACUCAGUGGGACCCCCACAGGGUCUCAGCUGUGCUGUCUGUGAGCCAGGGUGACACUGGAUCCUGACAUCAUUGUGAGGAGGGUCGGGUCAAGCACACACAUUAUUUUGCAAAAUGACUGGGACAUAUUUCUCACUCAGCAUUCUCAUAGUUUAAAAGAAAGUGUCUGCACACAGAAUCAUCAAAAGUUACCCUGGGAAGUACAUUAAAUUAAACUGAAGAUACAAGAACUCAUGGCCCAGAGCUUACCAUUCUCUGCUUUAAAGAUAAGGUGAAGGGUCCCUUUCUUCUAUUAAAUCUCAGGUCCUACUAGUUAAAGAAUGAAAUAUAAUAGUGAGAAUGUGCAAGUUUUGAGAUCUGCGUCUGAGAUGUGAAAACAAUUAUUUUCAUUAUAUAUAGACACGGAGAUGCACACACAGACUACAAUAUCUGUCAGAGACCAUACAUACAUUAGAGAAGACAAAAUACAAAAAAAAAAAAAAUAAGAUCCUAUUAAAAUAAAUAAAACUCUUUUGGCCUUACAGCACAGUCAGAUUGAAAUUUUAAGAGGACCCUGAGCUGUGGCAAUGAUACAUUUAGAGAUGAUGUCGGAGGUGCAUUAUGGCCUGAAUGUUUCCCUGCUCCUUCCUGCCCCCUCUGUUGUUGUCUCUCCUGUUGUCACCCCUAAUGAAUCUGUCACAGUUCUCUCUCUGUCACUGUCUGCUUCCUGGAGGACCAGUGGUCACACCCUCUUGAGGGCACACAGUGUGAUUCACGGGCACACAAUUCACAAGCCAGCAGGAAGGAGGACGACAGGGCAGAUGCAAGGUCACCCCUGUAGGGCAGCAGUGACCGCAGGGGGCCCAGGAGCUCCUCCUGGGGCGGUGGGCACAGCCUAUGUCUAGAUCCAGUGAUGGUUGUGUUUCUUCAGUCUAAACAUUCACUGGCACGUGGGGCCUGUCAGUCACAGGGGCGUCUGGUCAUGAGCUAGAUGACCAGAAUGAAGUGGCCAUGUCUCAUGGUCAGGAACGGAUGAGGUGCAGGGGUGGCCGCAGGCAUCCAGUGAGAGGGCCCCGCACUAACCAGGCCUGUGCCCCUGCCCCGCGUUGUCAGCUGCCCCAGCAGCCCCAGUUCCAGGCAGACUCUGAGGGCAGCUGAGGGCAGCAGUGUUCUUAGUAAGUCCUAUGAGCGCCCUUCAUCCUCCCACAGCUUCCUUACUAUGAGAUGGGUGAGGCGGGGUCAGUGUUUGGGGCAGCACCACUGCCAAGGAGAUGGUGUUGGGUAUAAAAAGGGCUCCCUUCAGGCCUCCCAGUCCACUCCACUCUGCCACAGCUGCCCCUGGAGCCCUCGGGCCCUCGCUCCUUCCAGUUGGGGGCAGCAGCCAGCCCUGCAGCAGCUCUGGCGUCCAGGCUGGGCCACUAACAAGUCAAGGUGAGACUGCACUGCCUGGGAAGUGGGGGGAACAGCGGUGCAGCAGUAAGUACCAGCAGGAGCAGCUCUGUGAGCGGCUCCUCCACUGUGAGCAGGACCGGGGCACUACUUGGCCAUGAGGGUGGGAGGGCUAGGAGAGCUGGGCCCUGUGGCCCUGGACAGGGCUAGACCAGAGCCCAGGACCUGAGGGCCUGGGGGAGAGACAGAGAAAGGCACACGCAGGGAGAGAGACAGUGCAUAAGUGAGAGAGAGAUGGGGGUCAAGUCGUAGAGAGGGACAGGAGGUGACAGAGGGUGACACCGUAUCGGGUGAAGCAGAGACGAGGAGGCAGGAAGGAAAGAGGGAGCCAGCCCAGGGAGCAUGGUGGAGGACUAAGGGCCAGGGUGACUCUGGGAAGGGGAGUUGGCCCAUCCUUCACCAAGCCCUGCAACUGCCACUGUCAGGGCCCCAGGGAUCGACAGCCUACCCAGUUCGACAGGCACCAUAGGCCCUCAGGAUGGGGCUGAGAGCUGCGCCCAGGGCCCUCCAGCCUCUUCCCAGGUAAGGGGAACCAGGAGGGCUCCCCUCAGCACCACAGAGGUGCCAACUCUAGCUUCACAGAGGCCCUGUGAGCAGGCACCAUUCCAUCCCAGUUCCACAGAAGGGAAACUGAGGCUCAGCCAGCCAGCAAACUUGGCCCUUUCUGCAGGGUUAUUCCCUUUCCCGAUGCUUCUUUUCCAGUCAGGCCUGUGCUCCUGUCCUAAGAAGGGGGCCUGUGACAAGCCCGAAGGCCUGGAUUCCACUUGACUGCCCUCUGGUGCUGGGUGACCUGGGCAAGUCUCCUCCCCUCCUUGGGCCUCAACUGUAUAACCAAGGGCCCUUCUCCCCAUCUUCCUGGGAAUUGGGACCCCAGCAGGGCCAACUCUCCAGGCCUCCCAGGCCCCGGGGUGGGUGUGUGGUGAGCUCUGGCUCUCGGGGGAGUUCCUUUACGGGCAGGGUGGUGGCCCACGUGUGCUUACCAUUUUUUAUGGGGUCACAUCCUGCUAUUUCCAUCUGGAAUGGGACUUAGCUACCAUGGAGCCUGAAACUUGGUUUUCCAGGUUUUUCUAAAUUGGCCCUUGUGCAGAAGAGUGGCUCCCAUGGCCGAGCUGACAGACCCAGUCCUGGUGAGGAGGCCCUUCCUACUCCCCUCACCUCGCUGCUUCUGGCCACCCCCAAACUCCAGAGCCAUGCUCACCCCCUGGCAUUCCCUGCUCCCCGUCCCCAUGCCAAGCCCAGCCUCUCUCCCCACCCCAGAGACCGCUACUCCUGAGGGAAGUUGUGGGGCUUUCAGGGUCAGGACUCCAAGCCCUGUGUCACGGCAGGGGAUUCUCCAGCUGAGUGGUGACAGGCCUGGAGGCAAGGGUGAGGCCCUUAGCCCCAAGACGGGCUGUGUAGCCUUGGUCAGGUCACAGCCUCAGCCCGGCAUCACAGCCUCACAUAACCCUCCGGACCCACGUGCCCGAGAUGUCACUCAGUCACACACUCAGGCUCUAGCCCCUCUCCCCACUCCCACAGGCACAUGGAGGGCAUACGUGCACACACAGGGACAGGUACACACUUACAGGAACAGACACAUGCACAGGGACACACACACAGGCUCACCCCUCAGCCGCCAGGAUGCCAGUUUUUCAUUAUCUUACAUGUCACUGCUGCAAUAAAAUUCUUUAAUUAAAACAUAAAUACUCAAAUGGUAAAUGCUGGAGAGCAUGUGGAAAAAAGGGAACCCUUGUACACUGUUUGUGGGAAUGUAGUUUGGUACACCAAUUAUGAAAAAUGGUAUGGAGAUUCCUCAAAAAACUAAAAAUACACUUACCAUAUGAUACAAGAAACCCACUCCUGGGUAUAUAUCCAAAGGGAACCUUAAUUCAAGAAGAUACAUGCACCCCAAUGUUCAUAGCAGCAUUAUGUACAAUAGCCAAGACAUGGAAACAGCUUAAAUGUCCAUCAACAGAUGGCUGGAUAAAGAAACAGUGGUAUGUGUAUACAAUGGAAUACUACUCAGCCAUAAAAAAGAAUGAAAUAAUGCCAUUUGCAGCAACAUGGAUGUCCCUGGAGAAUGUCAUUCUAAGUGAAGUAAUCCAGAAAGAGAAAGAAAAACACCACAUGACAACACUCACAUGUGGAAUCUUAAAAAAAAAAAGAUAUAGAAAACAAACUUACGGUUAUCAGAGGGGAACGGGGUAGGAAGGGAUAUGCUGGGAGUUCGAGAUUUGCAGAUACUGACUGGUAAAUAUAAAAUAGAGCAACAAGCUUAUACUGUACAGCACAGGGAACCACAGUCGGUAUCUUGUAGUAGCUCAUGGUGAAAAAGAACGUGAAAAUGAAUAUACGUAUAUUCAUGUAUGACUGAAGCUUUGUGCUGUACACCAGAAACUGACACGACAUUGUAAACUGACUAUAUUUCAGUAAAAUAAAAUCUUAAAAACCUGAACAUUUAAAACGACCCUUGAGAGAAAUGGCCCCAUCUCACCAAAGGCAGGAAAAUGCAGAGACUACCGGGAGAUGGGGUGCGGAGAUGGCGCUGAGAGGCGGGGGAAGCUGGAGGGCAGCUUCAGAGGGGCCGCCAGGCGGGAGCAAACACGGAAGAGAAGGGACAGUUGCUCUGGCCCGAGGAACACUUGCCAGCCAGACACGUGAUGUGGCCCUGUGGCAUUUGGACAGGCCAGGGUGGGGCAGGGCUGAAAAUGGGCCACAGGCUGACCUGGGCCUCCUGCUGGCUUCCAGCUGGGCUGGGGAUGGAGGGACACGUGUGACCCAGCCUCCCCGAACCAGUGUGAGGGGCGGGUCUCCCUGGACACAGGUUCAGCCGGGAAGAUCUGGAGCUUGGCCCCUGCUUAGAUCAGCUGUGUGCCUUCUGAAUGACUGCUGGACCUCUCUGGUCUAUGUGCCACCCCACCCUGACACACGUGCAUACACACACACACACACACACACACCCUCCCAGUAGAGUGCCUUGUAGGAGAUGCUCCAUGUGAGGCCACCAGGUGACAUAAGGCAGCAGUUGGGAAAAGGUACACACAAUGUGUGUGUUCCAUUUGUACUUUUUACUUCUUUGGUUAGGUGGGAUAUAUUAUCAUUUGUUAUGCUACUCUUCAUUUUUAUGUACUGAAAUUUAUUUAUUUAUUGAAUAGAAAAUAUGACAAUUAGAUAAGUUAAAUGGCUAAGAGAUGAUACACACACUGGGGCGUGUCAUGAACCUUCUGGGUCUUGGUUAAUGACGGAAGUGGAAAAAUGAAGGGGUCUCUGGUGUGACAAGUGAAUGUGAGUAUCUCAAAGCCCAGUCAAUGUGGUUUCUACCUUAAUGUUCUUUGAAAUAAAUGAUUGCCUCCGUAUGUUCCUGCUUUACUGAAUUACCCACCGCGCUGGUGAG